UUUUAAGAUGCCUAGGAUGUUUCAUGGGCAGUUCCCCUCUAUCAGACGUUCUCGAGAUUUUUCACGCUAUUCACGGUUGAUUGUUAGUUAGAAGCGGAUUAUCCAAAAUGUCGGAAGAUCUGUCAAAAGACCAAAUUGCAUUGCUCAAGAAUGCUUUUGACACUUUUGACGUAGAAAAGAAGGGUAGUAUAGGAACCGUGAUGAUUGGGACUAUUUUAAGCAUGCUUGGGGUACAGACAACUGAUAAAAUGCUGGCCGAUAUCAUAGCUGAAGUCGACGAAGAUGGUUCUGGGGAACUGGAAUUUGCGGAAUUUGUAACUCUGGCAUCCCGAUUUCUGGUAGAAGAAGAUGCCGAAGCUAUGGAACAAGAAUUAAAAGAAGCGUUCAGGUUAUACGACAAAGAAGGUAAUGGCUACAUUACCACAAGUACACUAAAAGAAAUUUUGAAAGAACUCGACGAUAAGUUAACAAAUGAAGAACUUGACAUGAUCAUCACAGAAAUUGAUACAGAUGGUUCAGGAACUGUGGACUACGAUGAGUUCAUGGAAGUAAUGACUGGGGGUGAUGAUUAGUACAAUUUCAUUUAGGAAACUACUUAUAUCAUAUUAAUUCCGAAAAUAGUUGUAAGAACUGAGAAAAUAAAAUAAGUUCCCGUUA